AUGGGCCAGUGCCAGAGCGCCACGGAUGAGGAGGUCAAGCUGUCGCAGAUCCAGGAGCUCUACAAGAAGUUCGCGGUUGAGUGUCCCAGUGGGAAACUGCACUUGCACGAAUUCAAGAAGAUUUUUGGGAUUAACAGCGACUCGUCGCCUGAGGAGGCAGCAUAUAUCGAGAACCUUUUCAGGUCAUUUGACAUCAAUGAGGACGACACACUAGAUUUUUUAGAGUAUGUGGCUGCCGUCCACCUGGUGCUCAGGGGUUCGCUGGAGGACAAGCUGAGGUGGUCCUUCAAGGUGUACGACAGCAAUGGAAAUGGGCGCCUGGACAAACACGAAGUGAUGCAUAUUAUCACGAUAAUUCAUAAAAUAAGAAACCACAGUGCUUCACCCAAAACCACAGCCCUCACACCUGAACAAAUAUGCGACAGAAUCUUCGGACUAAUUGACAAAAAUAAAGACGGUGAAAUUUCCCUAGAAGAAUUCCUUGAAGGGGCACAGCAGGAUAAAUGGCUUUUGGACAAUUUGACAUUGGAUGUUAAACCCACCGGGUGGUUCAUCGAACAGCAGAAAAAAGAACUCAUAAGCAAGAACAAAUUAUUUUAA